GUAGAGUAUGAACAGAGGCGGGCGGGUAGCCAUCGUGCUGCCCUGCCCUGCCCUGUCCGUCUUGUCGAAAUCAUCGAUUUGUUUCCUCCUCCUUCUCCUCCUCUUCCUCCUCCUGUUCCUCCUCCCUUCUCGAAAUCCUUCAUGUCGUUUCUGACGACGCACAGCGAGCAACGAACGAGCGAAUCGUUUAGCCAUCCAUGCAGCCGACCGCCUAAUGUGGACUGCUCCACUCCAUUACCACCGCUGCUGAUCGAUGCCGCGUCGUUGGCCCGCCCGUUUGGCAUACGAUAUCUCCGUUACGACGACGACGACGACGACGGCGAUCGGUCGCCAUCUGCCACCGUGCGUGCCGUGCCGGUAGAUCACGCGCCACGGUCCGCCUUCUGUGUUCUCUCCCAGUCCCUUAAUCGCCAUAAAUAA